UCUAUGUAAAUAAAGAAUAAAAAUCAACACAAUAUAAUUGUUAUAAAUAUUUAACAUUUAUUGUAUUUCAGUUUAAAGUUUUUAAAAUAUUAUACAAGAUAUUCGUAAUAUUAGUGAACAUUUCACAAUGUUUCUUGUUCUAGAUAUUGAAUUCAUACGUCGUAGUUUUACAUUACGGGAUAACCAACAUGGCAGUAUAUUCAAAAACUACUCUUUAUUCUUGUAAAGGAUAAUGAUAGUAUAUAUAAUGAAUAAAUAUUUUAUCAAUAUUUUAUAAAAUGAUUAUGUUUGAAUAGUAAAAAAAAAUAUAAUAUGUUAAUUAUAAAAUAACAUAUACUUCAAUAUGCAAUAAACCGGAAGAGAUCUAUAACGUAAUUGAUCAGCCAUCAUCAAUUCUUCAUUGACCAAGUUUGAAUCUUGUAACGGUCGCAUAGGUAGAUGGAUCCAGUUUACCUUUACUACAUCUACUCUAACCUUCUGUGUGUUUAUAUUUAUGAUCUCUGAUUGUGUUAAUUAAAUUGUAUCCUUUCUUAUAUCGGCUACGCUGAUGACAGGCUUGUUCAGUUGGUAUUCAUAUCAUCAGAUAAUAAAUACAAAUCAAUAAUGGAGGAUACAAAUGACUUAUUAUUAUGUGCUUCAGAAUUCAUAAAAGAUCGAUUAUAUUUUGUCACAUUGAAGACAAUGACAAAACCAAAGAGUACUCCAAACACCCAUUAUUUCAGUAUUGAUGAUGAAUUGGUUUAUGAAAAUUUCUAUGAUGAUUUUGGUCCAUUAAAUCUUGCUAUGUUAUAUCAUUAUUGCCAAAAAGUUAAUAAAAAACUUAAAGCAGUAACAUUAAGAAAGAAAAAGAUUAUACAUUAUACGAUAAUGGAUCCAGCAAAGAGAGUUAAUGCUGCUUUUCUUAUAGGAAGUUAUGCUAUAUUAUAUUGUAAACAUACUGCAGAAGAAGCAUAUAAUUGCUUAACCAAUAAUCCCGAUAGUCCAUCAUUUAUAAUGUUUCGAGAUGCUUCUGUUGGUACACCAUGGUUUGAAAUAUCUUUGAUUGAGUGUCUCAGUGCUAUAUAUAAGUGUCACAAACUUGGAUUUUUUAAUUUUCAAGAUUUUUGUGUUAAAGAAUAUGAAUAUUUUGAAAGAGUGGAAAAUGGAGAUUUAAAUUGGAUUAUUCCUGGUAAAUUUAUAGCAUUUUGUGGCCCUUAUGCUAAAUUCAAAAUAGAGAAUGGAUAUCCACUUCAUGCACCAGAAUCAUAUUUUACAUAUUUUCAUUACAAUAAUGUAACUACAAUUAUACGUCUUAAUAAAAAAAUUUAUGAUGCUUCAAUCUUCACGGAUGCUGGAUUUGACCAUAAAGAUUUGUUUUUUCUUGAUGGUUCAACUCCAACAGAUUCAAUUAUGCGACAAUUUCUUAAAAUAGCAGAAAAUGCAAGUGGCGCUGUUGCUGUACAUUGUAGAGCUGGACUUGGUAGAACAGGUUCAUUGAUAGGUUGUUAUAUUAUGAAACAUUAUCAUUUAACAGCUCAUGAAACAAUUGCAUGGAUACGAAUAUGUAGGCCAGGUUCAGUAAUUGGACAUCAACAGGAAUGGUUAGAAAAAAAAGAAGCAUAUCUUCAUUCUUUACUAAAAGAGCCAUUACAAGCUCAGAAUGGAAAACCAGUUCAUGAAUAUGGAAUAUAUUCUAUAAUUGGUAGACCAAAGACAUCAUUUUUAUCCAGUUUAAAAACCGCUCACGUGAUGCAAGAUAAUGUUUCAGGAAUAAUGCAUUGUGUAGAUGGAAUUACAUUAGAUGAUCAUGCAAGUACUAGUACUACCUUAACUCAAGGUGAUAAAUUGAAUCAAAUAAAAGCUAAAAGAAAACGUUUACCAACGAAUCAUACUUCUUUAAAUACAACUUCUAGACCAUCAACAGUAGUAAAUCCUUAUUUAAGAUCAUUAUUACAAACAAGAACUCAAAAGAGUACAGUUAAUACAUUAAGUGGAAAUAAAGAAAAGGAUUCAACAAAAAGACUCCUUCCUAGAUCUACUACUACAACUACAAUCUCUAAAAGAAAUAAUUGGCUAGUGAAUAGUACAUGUGAACCUUCACAUCGUGUAAAGUCUACUAAACCAACAACACGACUUCAUAAUAUCAACAACAAUACAUCUUCUAAUACACGUGUUACAUCAAUGUCUGUAUCAAAACCAGUGACAAGGGCCAGUAUAAAAACUUCCUGCCUCACAGAGACUCAAACUACAAAUGCAUCUGCAAAUAAUUUGAUUACACAACCGCAGCGAGGCAUGAAUAUGAUUCUCAGGUCUGCAGAUCGAGUAAAUCGCUAUCAUUCUCUAAGACAUGCACGAACGACCAAAAGUUAUAAAACUGCAUUUAUCAGAUGACUAACCGAUAUUCUCAAUGGCAUUGGGGAAGACAAUCUGAUAACUCAAGCAUCUCGACAACGCAGAAGAUCUCAUCGUUUAAAUUCAAUCAUUCAGUAAAAACAUUUCACUAAUCAUCCAUUUUCAACUUAAAUAACUGUUGUGAUCGAAAAAGAUCAAAAAGUCUUAUUAUUAUCAUAUACCUUUUUCAAAUUAAUUAUUUUAUGUUUACAUUUCUAAAGUUGGAUUAUAAGUUUCUCAUAAUCAUGAAUGUUUUCUACAUGAUUUUUAAAAAUUCUUCCAUAUUUUACGAUACGUUGAACGUUCGUAAAAGCAACAAAAUAUAAUUUUAUUGAUCUUAAUUUACUACACUAUUC